AUGGCCUCCACAAAUGUUGACGACGACAUUGAUACCCGAGAUUCGCUUGAAUUGAAUUCAUCGCUGGCUGAAAAGGACUCGCUUGCGUGCAUUGUCUGUGGGGACGUGGCCACUGGUCGACACUACGGUGCUAUAGCAUGUAACGGCUGUAAAGGAUUUUUCCGUCGUACCAUUCGUCGUGGUUACAAGUAUACGUGCAGGUUCAAAUCUGAAUGUUUUAUAGACAAACAUAACCGAGCCGUUUGUCGAUUUUGUCGAUAUACGCGAUGUAUCCGAGCUGGUAUGCGAGUUGAACAAGUGCAGAACGAAAGAGAUGUAAUCGGAAAGCGAAUUAGAACGGGCAGCAUCUGCGCAACAAAUAAACCUCAUAUCAAAAGACAUCAAAGUAACUGCCUAGAUAUAGGAAUGAACCGGAACAUCAUUGAAAGCUGGGCUAGUGAGGCGGACUUCGUGACAAGCGCAGUCUGGCUCAAGGAGAGAAAAUCAUCGAAACGGUCAUCACCAGAAAUCACCGGAUCCCCAGAGGAUGUAUGGGAUUGCCCGGAAACCUUGAUUGGAGCGUUAUUAAAAUCGGAAAAGACAAUCAACAGCCUGCGUGAUUCCGUCAUCAAACAAACGGGAAACGUCGAGUACUCCAUAAAACCUGAGGAACCUCAGUCGUGUUCAUCUGGAGCAAGGACAGCGACAGUGAACGACAUCUUCAAAUCCCUUCAUAGUCAAUUGUUACUAGUCAUCGAAUGGGCCAAGACGCUUCCACCGUUCCUCACUCUCUCCACAGCAGAUCAAACGGCGCUGUUAAAGAACUUCGCUCCUCAGCAUGUCGUUCUUUGCGUUUCAUAUCGUUCCAAGGAAGGAGCUGAUUUUCUGAAGCUGAUCAACGACAGUUUCAUACCUAGACCGUCGAAAGAGGAGCAGGACAAGAGGGACAAUGAAUUCUACCUACGAGAUUGUGAGCGUGUCAUGGAUCAAAUGGUUGCUCCAAUGAGAUUUUUGUCCAUCGAUGAUGCCGAGUUUGUGACGCUCAAGGCUUGUGUUCUGUUCAAUCCUGUGGCAAAAGGUCUUUCUCCGUUGGCAGUAACCACCGUGUUGAAUACGAGAAGGCGUAUAUUCUCAGCCCUUGAGCACUACGUUCGAACGCGAAAGCACGAUGAGAGGACUCGACUAGGAGACCUGACCCUUUUCGUUUUGUCUCCCUUGUCGUCUUUGGCGAACUCCAUUUGUGAGGAUAUACUGGUAUCAAAGUUGAGUGGUGUCGCCCGUCUGGAUGUACUAAUGGAGGAGCUGAUGUUGGCAGAUGCUGAAGAACAGAACAAGUGUGCUUCACAUCGAGGCGUUUUGGCGGUCGCCAGUGCUAUUCCUGGUCCGAGUGACUUCAGUGUGCUAGCUCAAAGUGACAAAGCGUAG